UACUUUUAAAAUCUAUCUGCUCAUUUCCGUAUAGGAUCAAAGAGAGAUAGAGACAGUUUAAACUUACCUUAUAAGCAUAAAUUACUCGGUGAAACAAAGACUGAUAGGAUAAUGGUUUCUCGACAAGAAGGAACCCUCUACACCAGAAAGAGGGAUUUCACAAUCUAUGGGGAAGAGUUUCAUAAUUCAUUCAAGAAGAGCAAACAAGAAGAUCCAUCACAGGGCAAACUUCAGAGGCAUAAUUCAUUCAAGAAGAGCAAACAAGAAGAUCCAUCACAGGGCAAACUUCAGAGGACUAUGAUCAAUGAACGACCAAAAUCAGAGAGUAUGAGAUCAAUUACCUUUGAUUUUGAACUGCAUCUCCACACUCAUCUACCUUCAAAUUGCCAAAAAUCUUUAGAGGCUAAGGGAUAUUCGAGAGCAUCUGAGGAUCAUAGUUCAUACCCCAAAGAUCCCGUGAUUGUUGGACGACCUAAGAUGAGCCUAGACCUAGAGCUGAACCUUUCACCUUCUUACUCACCUUCAACAACCACAACGAAGAUAGAUGAAUCCAGAAAUCACAACAAGACUGUGUCAUCAUCGAAGGAUAAAAACUUGACAAGUCAGAGUAAGAAGACAACAAUUGGGACAGGGUUAAACCGAUCACUGUCUUGGCUUGCUUUUGAAGGUGGUGAUGAUGAUCACAAGGAGCAAGAGAUGGUAACAAAAGUGUGCAUGAAAUGCCACAUGCUGGUUAUGCUGUGUACAUCAAGUCCUGUUUGUCCCAACUGCAAGUUCAUGCACCCGCAUGAUCACAGCUCUACAAAACUGUUUAAACCAUCAAAUUUGCUGAGGCUCAUGUGCUAGGCUCUACAGUGGUUACUGUCUUACUGGAUCUAUAAUAUUUGUACGGGAAUAAUAUGAGACAGAGUCUAGACAAGGACAAAGUUAUGUAUAUACGCUACAAGUACCAAAAAACUUAAUUUUAUGAUUUCUAUGAAAGACAUUCCAUCUCUUUGUUCA